AACAGUGAGGGACGGGAUGAUACAGCAAGCUGUGCUGCUGGCAAGGUAGCUCCAGUGAAGAUGGCAUCAUCAUCAUUUGUCACUACCAAAGCAUCCCAAGGCUGCCUGUACUGUGUGCCUGUUGUCGCAGCCUGAGGAGCUGCGCGAUCCUGAUGCCGCACCCAGCUUGGUUCACACACAGUUUGGUUACAUAGUAGGAGGUGAUGUUCCAUCUUCUAUUCUUAAACGACCUGCUGUUUCUCUUUUCUGUCAAGAAUGUCAAACUGAUGUACGCGAUACUAUGUCUAAUUUUUGGCAAACAGAAAAAGUACCUGAAAUAUAUGCGGAACAUACAUCUGAACAACAACAGUGCGAAAAAUUGUUCACUGAAACUGUCAAACUUGAAGACAAUCAAUUUACAGUUUCAUUGCCAUUAAAAAUACCUAUCUAUGAUGUGAACAAUACAUUGGGGGAUUCAUUUGGGUUAGCUCUCAAGAGAUUUUAUAAUCUCGAGAAGAGAUUUCAGAAGGAUCAGAAUUUGUAUGAAGGUUAUAAGGAUUUCAUACAUGAAUAUCUCGAUUUAGGUCAUGGAUCAUAUGUUGACAUUUCCUCAUAUGAUGUUACUAAAGAUCCUGUGUACUUUAUGGGACAUUCAGCUGUUUUAAGGCCGGAUGCAGUAAGUACCAAGCUCCGGGUAGUCUUUGAUGGAUCUAUGUUAACGAGUAAUAAGAUUUCAUUGAAUAAUAUUUUAAUGAAUGGACCAACUGUUCAACAGGAACUGUUCGACAUACUGUUGUCAUUUAGAGUGCACAAAUAUUUCAUUGCUUGUGAUAUCAGGCGUAUGUUCCGAAAUAUUUUAGUACAGAAAGAUCAGCGAUCUUUGCAAAAUAUUCUCUGGCGAGACACUCCUAAUGAGUCACUAAAAUGUAUUCAACUAAACACAGUUUGCUAUGGAAUGAAGUCAUCAAGUUAUCUUUCAACAAGAUGCUUGAACGAGCUGGCUACGAAAUUCGAGAGGCAAUAUCCUCUAGCUAGUUCUGCAAUACUAAACUCUACCUAUGUAGAUGACAUCAUUCAUACAGAGGAUAGUUUGGCAAAGAUUGUUGACACUCAAACUCAAUUGAUAGAAUUACUUGCUAAAGGUAGUUUUAAACUACAUAAAUGGGCAGCUAAUGACUCUUCAAUUUUGGCAAAUAUUCCAGCAGAGAAGCAGGUUGUUGGAGAACUGGAACUGAAUAAGGACAUCAAAACUUUAGGUUUAAAGUUAGAUAUUGACUCUGAUUCUUUUAAACUUUCAUGUCCAGUGUCAAAAAAUGUCCCUAAGACAAAAAGACAGAUUUUAAGUUAUAUAAGCCAAUUCUAUGACCCUUUAGGUCUAGCGGGACCCGUUUUUGUCCAAGCUAAAAUCAUUAUGCAAAAAUUGGCUCAGGCUUGUACCGACUGGGACUCAGUGCCCUCGCCUAUUUUACUAAAAGAAUGGCUUGAAUUUUACAAUGAUUUGCAGACAAUGAAAGAAAUUAAAAUAAAACGAAAUGUUACUGUUGAUAACAUUCAGUCUGCUCAAUUAGUAGCAUUUGGUGAUGCCUCAAUUUCUGCAUAUGGAGCAGCCAUUUAUUUAAGAGUCACUGACAAGCAUGGCAAAGUAUCGAUGUCGCUUCUUUGUUCUAAGAGUCGCAUUGCAUCUAAAGACAAGAAGUUGACUGUGCCACGAUUAGAAUUAAAUGCAUCUCUUUUAAUGGCAAAAUUAUGCUUUAGAGCAUACAAUACUUUAAGUAAAAAGAUAUCUAUUGAAAGUGUGCAUCUUUUCAGUGAUUCUCAGGUUGUUUUGGCAUGGCAAAAAACGGAUCCAACAAAACUAAAUGCUUAUGUUGCUAAUAGAGUCAAAUUAAUCAACGAAUAUACAAAGGGUUUUCAAUGGUUGUAUAUAAAAACAGACCUCAAUCCUUCUGAUUGUUUGAGUCGAGGUGUAAAACCUAGUGAACUACUUAGUAACCAACUGUGGUGGUGCGGACCGACUAGCAUGUCUGAUCCAGAGUAUAAAUUCACAGAUGAUAGUAAUAAUGUACCUGACAACUUACCGGAGAUCAAGCAUGCUGAUGGUUCCAAGCCGAACCGUCCUAAAUGGAAGGCCGCCUUGCCUAAUAUUAAAGUAGGUGCUCUAGUUAUCUUGCGUGAAAUAGAUACUCCGCCUAUGACUUGGCCUAUGGCUAGAGUUACUAAGGUUUUUCCAGGUCAGGAUGGAAAGAUAAGAGCCUUAGAAGUAAAAAAGGCUAAUGUGUGCAAAUUGGCUUCAGCUACCCUUCUUGACCAGUGCGGCGGCGCUGCGGAAAGAGCUAGAGUCUUGGCAGUAGGUACUAGAGAGGCUGGGCACUGGCUCCGCGCGCAUCCUUCUCCUAAAAUUGGAACUUUUUUAGAGCCCAACACACUCCGGCUCUCGAUUUGCCUCCGUUUGGGUAUCCCGGUGUGUGCCCCUCAUCGUUGCCCCUGCGGUGCGGACGUAGACCAGUUAGGCCACCACGGUCUCUCCUGCCAGCGGAGCGCGGGCCGCUUCUCCAGGCAUGCCGCCCUUAACGACAUCAUCCGUCGGUCUCUUGCGUCGGUCAAUGUGCCUGCUCUAUUGGAGCCGACCGGCAUAUUGAGAAGUGACGGCAAGAGACCUGACGGGAUGUCCUUGAUUCCGUGGAGUAUGGGGCGGGUGCUAGUGUGGGACGCAACCUGCGUAGACACGCUGGCCCCGUCACAUCUCCACGGAACCUCUGCGAGGGCGGCAGCUGCUGCGGAGGCGGCCGAAAACGCAAAGACCGUCUGCAAAUACGGAAUAUUCCGUCAUGGCAGAGACGAGGAAUACUAUCUAUUCCCCGAUUCGGAUUUUGAUAUAGAUAUCUUGUAG